AAUCUCUUCAGUUAAAAAAGAGAAUUCAUUUGUAGAGCCAUAGCUUGCAGAAAUUGGUCCGUCUUGUAUGACUGGUAUGUAUAUUGGACAUUUUCUGACAAUCUUCUUCUCCGUGCAUUAAAUUUUAUGGAAAAUUGGACAGUACAGUCUUCUGCCCAGGCCUCCUUAUUGCUGAACUGCUGGUCUGAUGACUUGCUGUUUCUUAAGUGUCAUCUGAAACCAUACGAGGAUGUUGUUUGACUUCUGUUGUGCUUUGAUCAGGAUGAAAGCUCGUGAAGGUCUGUUGAAGUGCAAGGAGCUUGGUCUGUCAAAGAAUGAAAUGAAGAAGCUUUUACCCAUUGUGGAUGUUAGUUCAUCUGAUUCAGGAGCUUUUGAUGGGGUUCUUGAGCUUCUUCUUCGCUCUGGUAGAAGCCUUCCAGAAGCAGUUAUGAUGAUGAUCCCCGAGGCAUGGCAAAAUGAUAAGAAUAUGGAUCCACAAAGGAAGGCCUUGUAUGAAUACUUUUCUGCUCUUAUGGAGCCAUGGGAUGGGCCUGCUCUUAUAUCAUUUACUGAUGGUCGCUACCUUGGAGCUACUUUGGAUCGUAAUGGCCUCCGUCCCGGUCGCUUUUAUGUAACACACAGUGGACGUGUUAUAAUGGCAAGUGAAGUUGGUGUAGUAGACAUUCCUCCUGAAGAUGUGCUCCGAAAGGGAAGGCUCAACCCCGGUAUGAUGCUUUUGGUGGAUUUUGAGAAGCACAUUGUUGUUGAUGAUGAGGCCUUAAAGCAGCAAUAUUCAAUGGCAAGGCCUUACGGAGAGUGGCUGAAAAAGCAAAAGAUUGAACUCAAAGAUAUUCUUGAUUCAGUUCCAAAAACUGAAAUAACUGUUCCUGACAUAGCUGGAGUUUUGCCUGCAUCGAAUGAUGAUGAGAACAUGGAGAACAUGGGCAUCCAUGGUCUGCUGGCUCCAUUGAAGGCCUUUGGUUACACGGUUGAGGCCUUGGAGAUGUUGCUACUUCCAAUGGCAAAGGAUGGCACAGAGGCCCUUGGCUCAAUGGGAAAUGAUACUCCUUUGGCCGUAAUGUCUGACAGAGAGAAGCUUACAUUUGAAUACUUCAAGCAAAUGUUCGCACAAGUAACCAACCCUCCCAUUGAUCCUAUACGAGAGAAGAUAGUCACUUCAAUGGAAUGUAUGAUUGGUCCAGAAGGGGAUCUGACUGAAACAACAGAAGAGCAAUGCCAUCGUCUUUCAUUGAAAGGUCCUCUCUUAUCCAUUGAAGAGAUGGAAGCAAUUAAAAAGAUGAAUUACAGAGGUUGGAGGACCAAAGUUCUAGACUUAACUUAUCCAAAGAACCGUGGCAGCAAGGGAUUGGAGGAGACUUUGGACAGGAUAUGUGCUGAAGCACGGGAAGCAAUUAAGGAUGGUUAUACAUUACUGGUGCUUUCUGAUCGAGCUUUCUCACCCAACCAUGUUGCUGUAAGCUCUCUUUUGGCUGUUGGUGCUGUUCAUCACCAUCUUGUUAAAAAGCUUGAACGUACUCGGAUAGGACUGAUAGUUGAAUCUGCUGAGCCACGUGAAGUGCACCAUUUCUGCACGCUUGUCGGAUUUGGUGCUGAUGCUAUAUGCCCAUACCUGGCAAUAGAGGCUAUUUGGAGAUUGCAGAUUGACGGAAAGAUCCCACCAAAAGCUAGUGGUGAGUUCCCUUCGAAGGAUGAGCUAGUUAAGAAGUAUUUCAAGGCAAGCAACUAUGGAAUGAUGAAGGUUCUUGCAAAGAUGGGCAUAUCAACUUUGGCUUCAUACAAGGGUGCUCAGAUUUUUGAAGCUCUAGGCCUGUCAUCAGAAGUGAUUGAGAAGUGCUUUGCAGGAACCCCAAGCAGAGUAGAGGGAGCAACAUUUGAAAUGCUUGCCCAUGAUGCACUUCAUUUACAUGAAUUGGCUUUUCCAUCUCGGGCUUUCCCUCCUGGAAGUGCAGAAGCUGUAGCACUGCCUAAUCCUGGGGAUUACCAUUGGAGGAAAGGUGGUGAGAUUCACCUGAAUGAUCCACUUGCUAUGGCAAAGUUGCAAGAAGCUUCAAGGACCAAUAGCGUAGCUGCAUAUAAGGAAUAUUCCAAGCGCAUUCAAGAGUUAAACAAAUCCUGCAACUUGCGGGGCAUCUUAAAGUUUAGAGAGGCUGAGGUUAAAGUUCCUUUGGAUGAAGUAGAGCCGGCUAGUGAGAUUGUGAAACGAUUUUGUACUGGGGCCAUGAGUUAUGGAUCGAUAUCACUAGAGGCCCACACAACACUGGCUAUGGCAAUGAAUAGAAUCGGUGGCAAAUCAAACACAGGUGAGGGAGGUGAGCAACCAUCUCGUAUGGAACCUUUGCCUGAUGGUUCAAGAAAUCCAAGGAGGAGUGCCAUCAAGCAGGUGGCUAGUGGGAGAUUUGGGGUCUCGAGUUAUUAUCUUACAAAUGCUGACGAGCUACAGAUAAAAAUGGCUCAGGGUGCCAAGCCUGGUGAAGGAGGUGAACUUCCUGGUCAUAAGGUUAUAGGAGAUAUUGCAGUAACUAGGAACUCAACUGCUGGUGUGGGACUUAUAAGUCCACCUCCUCAUCAUGAUAUCUAUUCGAUUGAAGAUCUUGCUCAGUUAAUCCAUGAUCUCAAGAAUGCAAAUCCUGGAGCCCGUAUUAGUGUAAAGUUGGUUUCUGAAGCUGGUGUAGGAGUAAUUGCAAGUGGGGUUGUCAAGGGUCAUGCUGAUCAUGUUUUGAUAUCAGGUCAUGAUGGAUGUACUGGCGCUUCCCGAUGGACUGGAAUAAAAAAUGCUGGUCUUCCAUGGGAACUUGGUUUGGCUGAGACUCACCAGACCUUGGUUGCUAACGUCCGUGGGCGAACAGUUCUCCAGACAGAUGGCCAGCUUAAAACUGGAAGAGAUGUGGCAAUUGCAGCACUUCUUGGUGCAGAAGAAUUUGGUUUCAGUAGCCCCCUUAUAACUCUCGGCUGCAUUAUGAUGCGAAAGUGCCACAAAAACACAUGCCCUGUCGGCAUUGCUACUCAGGAUCCGGUUCUACGUGAGAAAUUUGCAGGAGAGCCUGAACAUGUCAUUAACUUCUUCUUUAUGCUUGCAGAGGAGAUGAGGGAGAUCAUGUCUGAGCUUGGUUUUCGUACAGUCAAUGAGAUGGUUGGCCGUGCAGAUAUGCUUGAAGUUGAUAAGGAAGUUAUUAAGAACAAUGAGAAAUUGGAGAAUAUUGAUCUGUCUCUAUUACUUAGACCUGCUGCUGAUAUUCGUCCUGGAGCUGCUCAGUAUUGCAUUCAGAAACAGGAUCACGGAUUGGGCAUGGCUUUGGACCAGAAACUUACUGCAUUAUCUAAAGCUGCUUUAGAAAAGGGGCUCCAAGUGUAUAUUGAAACUCCUAUCUGCAAUGUCAACCGUGCUGUUGGAACAAUGCUUAGCCAUGAAGUAACCAAGCGGUAUAACUUGGCGGGCCUUCCUGCUGAUACCAUCCAUAUCAAACUCACUGGAAGUGCAGGGCAGAGCCUUGGAGCUUUUCUCUGCCCCGGCAUCAUGCUAGAGCUUGAGGGCGAUAGUAAUGACUAUGUUGGCAAGGGAUUAUCUGGUGGUAAAAUUGCAGUUUAUCCGCCAAAAGGAAGUCGUUUUGAUCCCAAGGAAAACAUAGUGAUUGGCAAUGUGGCACUCUAUGGGGCUAUCAAAGGGGAGGCAUAUUUCAAUGGGAUGGCAGCAGAAAGAUUCUGUGUUCGUAACUCAGGAGCAAAAGCAGUUGUUGAAGGUGUUGGUGAUCACGGAUGUGAGUACAUGACUGGUGGGACUGUUGUUGUACUUGGAAAAACUGGCAGGAACUUUGCUGCUGGCAUGAGUGGUGGUAUCGCUUAUGUCCUUGAUGUGGAUGGAAAAUUUAAAUCUCGUUGCAAUAUGGAACUGGUCGAUCUUGAUAAAGUGGAAGAAGAGGAGGAUAUCAUGACUCUAAGAAUGAUGAUUCAGCAGCAUCAACGUCACACAAACAGUCAGCUAGCCAAAGAAGUCCUUGCUGACUUUGAAAAUCUCCUUCCAAAGUUUAUUAAAGUCUUCCCUCGUGACUACAAACGUGUUCUUGCAAACAUGAAGGUUGAGGAGGCCUCAGAAGAGGGUGCAGGGCAAGAUGAAGAGCAGGAGAAGGCUGAGUUAAUGAAGAAAGAUGCUUUUGAAGAGCUCAAGAAGAUGGCAGCAGCAUCCUUGAAUGGGAAGUCCAGUCAGACUGUUGAAGAAGCAUUGCAGUUAAAUAGGCCUAGUGAAGUUUCUGAUGCUGUUAAGCAUCGAGGUUUCAUUUCUUAUGAGCGUGAGGGUGUUAGGUAUAGGGAUCCUAAUGUUCGACUGAAUGAUUGGAAAGAAGUUACGGAGGAAUCAGAACCUGGUCCACUUUUGAAAACUCAGUCAGCACGUUGCAUGGACUGUGGUACUCCUUUCUGUCAUCAAGAGAACUCUGGUUGUCCUCUUGGAAACAAAAUACCCGAAUUCAAUGAGUUGGUGUAUCAGAAUCGGUGGCGUGAAGCAUUAGAUCGUCUCCUGGAGACAAACAACUUUCCAGAGUUUACAGGGCGAGUUUGCCCUGCACCCUGUGAAGGUUCUUGUGUUCUAGGAAUUAUUGAGAACCCUGUCUCUAUCAAGAGUAUUGAGUGUGCUAUCAUUGAUAAGGCCUUUGAGGAAGGUUGGAUGGUUCCUAGGCCUCCUGUCAGGCGAACUGGGAAAAGGGUUGCUAUAGUUGGUAGUGGGCCAUCUGGUUUGGCUGCUGCUGAUCAGCUAAACAGGAUGGGUCAUAUGGUGACUGUGUAUGAGCGUGCAGAUAGAAUUGGAGGUCUUAUGAUGUAUGGAGUUCCCAACAUGAAGGCUGACAAAGUUGAUGUGGUUCAACGGCGCGUUAACCUUAUGGCUGAGGAAGGGAUUAAUUUUGUGGUUAAUGCUAGUGUUGGAACUGAUCCCAGGUACUCUCUUGAUCGGCUCCGAGAAGAGAAUGAUGCAAUUGUUUUAGCAGUAGGAGCGACAAAACCCAGGGAUCUUCCUGUUCCUGGACGAGAGUUAUCUGGUAUUCAUUUUGCCAUGGAGUUUCUGCAUGCAAACACAAAAAGCUUGCUUGAUAGCGACCUCCAAGAUGGCAACUACAUAUCUGCCAAAGGGAAGAAAGUAGUUGUCAUCGGUGGAGGAGACACCGGUACAGACUGCAUUGGGACAUCUAUUCGGCAUGGAUGUACUAGCAUUAUAAAUUUAGAACUUCUCCCCCAGCCACCGCAAACUAGAGCUCCUGGCAACCCUUGGCCACAGUGGCCUCGAAUAUUCCGUGUAGACUAUGGGCACCAGGAAGCUGCUACCAAAUUUGGCAAAGACCCAAGAUCCUACGAGGUUUUGACGAAGCGAUUUAUUGGAGAUGAAAAUGGGGUUGUGAAAGGUCUUGAGCUUGUACGUGUUAAAUGGGAGAAGGAUGCCAGUGGACGGUUUCAGUUCAAGGAGGUUGAAGGUUCAGAGGAAAUUAUUGAGGCUGACCUGGUCCUUUUGGCUAUGGGAUUUCUUGGUCCUGAGUCGACUGUGGCAGACAAGUUGGGCUUGGAGCAAGACAAUAGGUCCAAUAUCAAAGCCGAGUAUGGUCGCUUCUCCACCAACGUGGAAGGUGUGUUUGCAGCUGGGGAUUGCCGGCGUGGUCAAUCCUUAGUUGUAUGGGCAAUCUCAGAGGGAAGGCAAGCAGCCGCCCAGGUUGAUAGAUACCUAACAAAAGAUGAAGUUGACAUCACUCAGAAUCAGGAAGACUUUGUCAAGAGGCACGAAGACCUUAGCCAAAGGAACCAGGACAGCAGCACUCGAGUCAUGACAUAGACGACCGGUGCAUUUUUUUCCCCCCAUUUAGACACAGAAAUAAGAAAAAUUCAUAUAGCAGAACACAGAUAUUGUUUGGUGCAGAUGACUUUCAGAGGAAUCAUGGAAAUCGGCAAGGCAUGCUCAAGCCUUGGUGGUUAAAUCUCAGUGACUUAGGCAAGAAGAGGGUUUUAAGCCGAAGGGCUGGGAUAAGUUACAGGAUAUACUGCUGUUCAUCUUGUUCAUAGGUUCUUUUGAAAUAAUAUUUUCUCAGCUUGUUUUGAAGGUCUUCGAGGUGGUUUGGAUGAAUAAUGUACAGUUUUUUUUUUUUUUUUUUUUACUUGAUCCAUGAUCGGGAAAUAAAUAUUGGGAACAUUUGAUAUUUACUCUUAGUAACAUUAUAAAGCUGUGGAAUCAGCCAAUUACUUAUAAUUA